UUUUCUUGCUCAUCCGGACACAAGUGAAAAAUGUCUCUCCAUCAGCUCUUCUUCUUAUUAUUCGCCAUCGUCGCCUGCUGCUGCGACUGGCCGACACUGACGAAUGCCGAGCCUUACGGAUUUAGCGCAGCCACAAAGGAAAUUCCGGUCGGCAACGGCAACUUUGUUUCGGCUUCGUCCAGUUCCUUCGGGACGGGAUCGGUCAGCGCUGCAGCAGCGGCCAGCAGCUCGUUUGCCGGUUUGACUCAAGAUCAGAUCGACGGCCAGUUGGCUAGUCUCCGUACAGGUGAGAUGAUUAGCAUAAAUAAUGUGCGUUACAUGGCCUUGAGGACCGAAAACGAUCCUGCAACUGCUCGCCGUGACACCAUCAUUCUCGUCCAAGUCGCCGGGCAGAGCGACGCAAGUCUCAACAGCGGCGACAGUUACACUGCGGCCAUUUCACAUUUGAACGGCCGCGUCCCUGAUGAAUCGACGACGGGCAGCCGAGUCGGCCAAUCCCAUUACAAUAGCGCACCUUCUUCCAUCAGCGACAACCGAGCCAACAUUAUCGGCGACGGGACGUCCGUUGGCUCGUACUCCGCACCUUAUUCGCCCGCCAUCAUCCGGCAAGAGACUAACGCGGUCGCGGGCGCAUCGGUUAAUGGCGGCGCGGGCGUGAAUGAUCCAUCGUCGUCUUCGUCUUCUUACUCUUCUCCAGCAGAGUGGAUGGCCGGCAACGUCGACCGCCAAAGCUCGACUGAUGCUGGACGGGAUCAUUCAUCGUCGUCCUAUUCUUACCCGCCGUCUGCAUCUUCGGCUGGUAGAAUCCGCCCCAAUAAUGGCCACGAAGAAAAGUGGGACUACUCCAAGUCGAUCCCGGGAGUGGCCGGACGAGAUUACCCGAUCCUGUCCGCCGUAGUUCCCACUUCUUUCAGCUGCAACGGGAGGAAAGAUGGAGGUUAUUACGCCGACGUCGAAUCUUCCUGUCAGGUUUACCACGUUUGCGCCUUGGACAAGACAUUCUCGUUCCUCUGCCCGAACGGGACCAUCUUCGACCAGCGCGUCUUCGUCUGCCGCUGGUGGCACAAUGUCGAUUGCGCAUCUUCGGAAAACUAUUACAAUCUCAACGACCUGAUUGGCAUCUCGCCUGCCACCCAACAGCCAGCCGUUAGAAAUCCCAUCCAUUUUCCAUCGGCUACUUCUUACGGGCCAGCAGCGCCGACUAAACUUGUCGUCCAGCAGCAGCAGUCAAUCCAGUCCAGCACCACUGGCGUGUCGCAAAAACCGCUGAAACAAAUUUAUGGGCCCCCACCUUCUUCGGCAGUCCUUCAGCCCGUUUUGAUCGAGGAGGCAAUCCGACGUCCGUCAAGUGGACUGAAAGCUCCGGCGAUUCAACCGACGGCCUCGUCCGCCUACUAAAAAAACAAGAAGAAGACGUAUAGAAAAUUAUACUACAAUCACAAUCAUGUACUAUAGUAGAUAGUAGUGCCCCCCCCCCCUUCUUUUCUCUGCUUAUUUCACAUUUUGUCUGUAAAUGGUGAUGGCCAGCUGCAGCCUGUCCAGCAACCUUGGCCAGCUGGAAACGAUUUGCACAUUCGCAUUUUUAUAUCGCCGUAAUAAAAACAGCAGCCGCUGAUCUGAAUGA